AUGCAAUUCACUAGCUACGAGCCUGCUGCUCGACACGCCGUCUUAGCCAUCAGCACUCUCACCGAGCAACUACACGGCGGCACUUGUGGCCCGUUGGUCCGAAUCCAGGAUCAAGAGUUCGCACUUCAUCAUUACAAUGCUGCGAUCAACGACAUUAGGAAGCUGAAGUCACCAGAAACACAUCCAGUGGUGCUGCUUGUGUGCAUCCUCUUUAUCUGCAUCGAUGUCCUGCAGGAUAAUCGCAAGAUGGUCAUUCAGCACUGCAAGCACGGGUUUGCCCUUCUCAAGCACACCACAUUCGAAUACGCCUGGACAAAGCAGUAUCUUUUGCCUCUAUUCCGAAGAGUCGCUGCCACCUCAUUCAUAUGGGCAGAUGAUCCGUCAGAUUUCCCGGAUCUAGAUGGUCUAGAGCAUCCCAUGCCUGAUGGAUUCUUCAACUUCGCCGAUGCCCAGGCCAUGAUCGAUGAUGUCUUUAGCCGGACGCUUCGACUCGUGCGACAAGGCGAUCCGUAUCGCAUUCGUCCAGAAACGAAUGGGUCACCGCCCCCAGAAUUGUUAACCGAGCAAAGCCAUAUCAGACGAUUGCUAGAACAGUGGGAGCUGCUGAGGGAAGAUUUUGAGGCUCGUCCACUGUCCCCGCCUGGGAGAGAGUCCCCGACGACAGAGAACUUGACCAAGACCCUCCGGUUCAUUCUCCGCUGUCGCUUCGAAUCCUGUAAGAUGUGGUUGAACAUGGCUUUAGACUCAGAGAUCCAUGAUCACGAUAAGCACAUGGAUACCUUCGUCGAGAUGUUGCAAGAUCUUGGGGUCACAGAUCCUGGAUUUCUGGAUGGGUUCCGGCGGUCACCGAGCUUCAUGUGCGAUGCCGGCUAUGUGCCCAUGAUCGUACUGACAUCUGCGAAAUGUGCCCAUUUGGAGUCAAGACUGUCGGCUUUGAAGUUGGUACCGGUCCCAGGAUUGCCAAGGGAGCUUCUGUGCCUUCCAGCACACGCAUGGGGCUGUCCGGAAGUCAAGGACCUGCCUCAAGUAAUUCAAACCUCGACGGAGGAUACUGCUACAGCACCUAAUGAUGUAAUGGAAAUGAGCACAUAA